UUGAGUAGCAUAUCUGUAAACCUUGCAAAUAUACGACGGACCGACGGACGGAGCGGCACCCACCGGCGCCUUUCGCCAGUCGGUUAGCAGCGUCCCUUUCAGCUCUUCAGUAGUCUCUCACUCGAAAUCUCGCUCGCAGGUUUUUCGAGGUUGUACGGCAUGGCGUUUUGCCUUGAUUUCGUGGAAUGGUUGGGACCGGAUACUGCCUCCAGCGUGCUCUUAUUUCUUGAAGAUCCCGCUGAUCUUGUGAGACUCAGCGCCGUUUCCCGUUCCUGGCGGCGGUUUGUUAUUGAAAAUGGUUUUUGCAAGAACUUUUGCUCAAGAAUAUGCUUCGAGGUCUCAAAUUUUGCACAUGUGACUGAAAUAAGUAGCGUGCAGAGUUCAGAAGCCGGGUCUAGUUCUGGUGCAGAAUGGAGGAGUUUAGAAAGAGAGCACAGGGUCUAUUCAUAUUUAAGCCACUGCAUGGUUUCACCUCUAGCAAAAAGAGAUUGCAUCCUUGAGGCAAUCUGCGCCUCCAGCACGGAUAAUUUUCCCGAUGAGAGCAUCGAAAACACAUUGGAACCAAAUGAUCGUGUAGACAUUAGACCUUCAUACUGGUCGAGUGAGGGACAAAAGAAUCCCGAAGUACCGGAGACAUUAACUUAUAGUUUGCUUUCAAAGUUGUGUGUAAUAAAUGAAAUAAAAAUACAGCCAUUUGAAGCAUACUUUCAAAAUGGGAGUCCCAUAUAUUCAGCAAAAUCAGUAAGGUUUCGGAUGGGCUAUUGCUCUUCGCCUUCCGAGACUUCUAAAAAUGGUCAAGUCAGCACAGUUGAUGAUUACAGGUGGAUCUAUGUUUCACCUGAAUUUAAAAUGCUGCAG